AAUUCUCUCAAUGUGUAAGCCUAAAUAUAGUCAUGUGUGAUCUUGUUUGAUUUGUCUUAACAUAUAGAUUAUUAAUAUAUAAUUUCUAUAAUUUUUUAAUAUACAAAUUACAAGAUAAAAUGGAUUAAAAAGUGCAUUGGAUGGCACAGUUCAUGGCAGGUGACAACAAGCGAAAACGACGCCGGAAGCCGAAAUUCGGAUCCCCUGAUGACGCGGCGACCCCCAGCUCCACUGCAGCCAGUUCCGGCGCAUCAGCGUCGCCAACUAUCGACGAUAUCGUCUUUUCCGUCAGCAACGUCGAGCUAAUCAACCCUACCACCAACCUUUCCUCUCUUUCCCACCAUCGCCGCUGCGGGCGGUCACUUGAAGUUCACAGACAUCCCGAGAAGCAGUACGAACUUGAAAAACCCGGAACCCUAAAAUUCACAUCCCCGCCGAGAGGGGUUGUUGAGAAGGCUAAUGGAUCAGCUUCUCUGACUGCAUGCGAUGCCGAUGUCUCAAAUGAGGCUGUAGCUCGGGUUCUACCAUCGAUGGACGCCGUAGUGAAGGUGUUUUGCACCCAUACCGAACCUAAUUUUUCUCUGCCAUGGCAGCGGAAACGGCAGUUUAGUUCGAGUAGCAGUGGGUUUGUCAUUAAAGGGAGGAGGGUUUUAACUAAUGCUCACUCUGUGGAGCAUCAUACUCAGAUCAAAUUGAAAAAGAGAGGAUCGGAUACCAAGUAUCUUGCCAAGGUGCUUGCCAUUGGAACUGAAUGCGAUAUCGCUUUGCUUACGGUCAACGAUGAUGAGUUUUGGAGUGGGGUAUCUCCUGUCGAAUUUGGCAUUUUGCCUACACUUCAAGAUGCUGUGACUGUAGUAGGUUAUCCAAUUGGUGGAGACACCAUUUCCGUAACGCGUGGGGUUGUUUCACGUAUAGAGAUAUUGCCAUACGUUCACGGAUCAACCAAACUUAUGGGACUGCAGAUAGAUGCUGCUAUAAAUUCUGGAAAUUCUGGGGGCCCUGCUUUUGAUGACCAUGGAAAUUGUGUAGGCAUUGCAUUUCAAUCCCUAAAACACGGAGAUGCAGAAAAUAUUGGUUAUGUUAUACCAACACCAGUUGUCAGUCACUUUAUCAAAGACUAUGAAAGAAAUGGAAGAUAUACUGGGUUUCCUACUCUUGGAAUUGAGUGGCAAAAGAUGGAAAAUCCAGAUUUGCGACUGUCAGUGGGGAUGAAACCAAACCAGAAAGGUGUUCGGAUAAGAAGAAUUGAUCCAAUUUCUCCGGAGUCUACGGUUUUGCAGCCAUCUGAUAUUAUUUUAAGCUUUGAUGGGGUUGAUAUAGCAAAUGAUGGAACAGUUCCAUUUCGGUAUGGGGAGCGGAUAUGCUUUAGUUAUCUUGUAUACCAGAAGUAUGCAGGAAACACUGCAGAAAUUAAAAUUCUUCGCAAUCACGAGACCUACACAUUCAAUAUCAAACUUGAAAGUCACGUAAGGUUGAUUCCAGCUCACAACAAGGGCAGACCACCCUCAUAUUACAUAAUAGCUGGAUUUGUUUUUACAUCAGUGUCAGUUCCUUACCUUCGAUCAGAGUAUGGAAAGGAUUACGAGUAUGAAGCUCCUAUCAAGCUUUUGGAUAAGCUUUUGCAUGAAUUUCCACAGUCACCGGAUGAACAAAUAGUUGUAGUUUCUCAGGUUCUUGUGGCUGACAUCAACAUAGGAUAUGAGGAGAUUGUCAACACUCAGGUGCUUGCUUUAAAUGGCCAGCCUGUGAAGAACUUGAAAGGCUUAGCCAACAUGGUGGAGCUCUGUAAAGAUGAAUAUUUGAAGAUUGAUUUGGAACACCAACAGUUAGUGGUUCUCCACACAAAGACAGCAAAGGCUGCAACUUUGGACAUCCUUAAAACACACUGUAUACCUUCUGCAAUGUCGGAUGAUCUCAAGGACUAGAAUUAUUAUUAAGGAAUGCAUCCGUGUCCUUCUCGGAAAGGUCAUCCUGGAAAAUCAGAUGUCAAGAGAAUCUUAGCUUGCAACUUUAACUUGCUUGUAUUUUCUCUGUAAUGACGAAUAGCUGUUUUAAGGGUGUCCUAAAAUUGAAAGGUUCAUAGGGUCUUAGAUCACCGAAGACCUUUUGGAGGCAGUGCAGAUAUCUGGUUCCCUUACUAUUUUUCAUUUGCACGGACUUUUGAGAAGCAACUAGAGGGAGCAAGAAGGAAAGACAAAAGACAGGAAAUGAGAUAAGGGUUUUGUGUGGUGUAAAGGUUACAUGUAAACAUUCUUUUCUAAAUUGCUUUUAACCAUUCAUGUGUAUUAGGAUGAUUUUUUUGCAGGCAUUUUGGGUACUAU